AUGACCCUCAAUUUCCUUCCGGGUGAACCGAACCGGGCUUAUUCGGCAGUGGCUCUGACCAAUUGGAAUGCCCUGCCGGUUUUUGCUUAUUGUUCUGGGAACAACCUGGUGAUUUUGACUGACCACUGUCAUCAUCUUCAAACAAUAUACCUGGACAGAGAUGCCACGGCGGUCGAUAUCCACCGAGUGAACGGGAAAAUUGCUCUGGCAAUUGGAAACGAGAUCCAUGUUUACAAGCCGCAUAUCAAAAACUUUUACAGCUUCAAUUUCUCGGGCAGGAAAGACAUUUCCAAGCUGGAGAUAUCGUGGGGUUUGGAGACCGUGAUAAUCAACGAAGAUGACUCGUCCAAGGUCAAUUGCUUGAAUUGGUCAGAUAGUUGUGAUUUUCUCGAAGAUGACAUGGACUCACAGAACUUUUUUGGGAUUCCGGAUGAGUACAACUCCGAGACUACUUGCGAAUUGGUGGUAGGAUCGGAGGAGUCUUUGACUCUUUGGAGACUAUUCUACCGAGACCGAAAAGGAAACAAGACAGUUUCCGCCAAAAGACUCUGGUUCAAACGCCAGGCAAAUCCUGUAUAUAUGGUGAAGUUUUCUCCGAAUUCAAACACAAUUGCGAGCAUUGGCUUUUACGACACGGCUCUGAAGCUGUGGCACAGAGUGGCCUUCGGAAUAGAAACGUCAGAAUUCGAUGUGGUCUAUUUGCGGCAUUCCAGCUACAUCACCAAUCUUAGGUGGAAGGGGGGAACGAACUCCUGGGGUCUGGGUGGUGCUACCAGUGGCGCUGUUUCCCCGACUGCGUCUUCGGUUGCCUCGACAAGACCAUCAAGAAGAGCUGGUAGCGUUGCAGACAUCCACAGUAUUGCUACAACAACGGGAGAAAGGGAGCACAACGUUUUGUACACGUACGAGUCUCAGUCUGUCGUCAAGGUCUGGACCAUGUUCUUUGCCGAAGGAGACUACCAGGUUCUGUUCAGUGGCACGAUUGAUCUUUAUGAGGGGGUUCCUGAGCCCAAACGAUCCGGGUCGCGUUAUUGUGUGAUAAUUGACAACGACAUAGUGGAAUAUGGUCUACAAAAGAUGCUGGAUAAUCUCGAGGAGGACCAUGAGUCCAAACACAGAAAGACGAGCGUGACAUCUGGAAACUUGCUGCACGUUCCAUUAGAGGAGGGAAGGAGCAGAAGUGGCAGUACUAUUAGUUACUACAGAAAAAAGGAGGAGCAUCUGGCAAGGCUACAGAGCUCUAACUUUGAACUGGUGAUGGUUAUUGAUGAAGACAGUAAUGUCAGUUUGUAUGGAUUGGUCAACGUGUCUCAUAUUCUUCCAGGUGCCUUAAGACAGUUCAAGCUGGAAGUCAAAAGUUUCCACGAAGAUAAUUAUGGAAACAAGCAUGUUCCUUUUCCUGCUUUUAUCAAACUAGGAGAAAACUGCUUGCCAAAAAGAGAAGGAAGUCUGUUCUUCCAGGAUAUUUCCCUGGUGACUUCGGGUCGCGAUAUACAUAAAGACUUGACUCUUAUGAUUCAUGACGUUGCACGUGGAUCUAUAAGGCACGUUGCCAUUGGCUUUGAGGAUCUUUUCCAGUUUGAACCAAUAGUCUCGCCGGAUUCUGGAUUCAUCAAGCUGCCAUCGCCUUCGCAGGAGUCUGAUUUGCUCUCGGCACCGAAGGAGGUCAUAUCGAUAGGCACUCUCGUGCACAAGUUCACUGGUCACAACAAGUCAAUCCAGCAGUUUAUCAGAUCCAAUGAUGGUGCAGCCUGUUUAUCGGUCACUCGUUUCUGCGAAUCGUACGUCUGGUACCCUAUUACAGUGUCUGACGGUGGGGUCACAUUGAGUCGAAAGGCGUUAUUGAAGACCAAGUCUCCGAUCAAGUAUGCGGUCAUUCUUCAGGGUGGAGACUUUGUCGUGACACUAACUGGUGAUGUCCUUACAUGUUGGGAUUGCAGAAUAGAAACAGUUAAUCAAAAUACUUGUGGCCAUACAUCUGAUAAGCUUGCGGUCAGUGUGGGAUCACUUACAAUCAAGGGUGAUCAAAGAGUCUUAUCGCUUCUAGUUCUUCCAGAAACGAAAUCAAACGUUGCUCAUAUUGUCGCCAUAAAAGAGGGGUUGAGUUCAGAAGCAUGGGAACUGGUUGUUUCCGGUGGUGAAGUCAAGCUAAUGUCCUUUUCAACAGGCCAGUUCCCUUUUGCGCCCACAGAAGUCCACCUCAUAUCUCCUGUUGACCCAGUUGGCUGGACAGCAAAAGUUAAUAAGGGAUCUCCUUCAGAGAGAGACAUGCUUGCGAUUAUCGACUCUUACGGGUCUGUGAUGAUAUAUUCUGUUUCCCUGAAAGACAAUCAGAUUGCAUGGAUACUGAAGAGCAGCUUCAAAACUGGUAUUUCAAAUGCUACACAAAUAAAAGGGUCUUCGUUGCACAAACUAGCCAUUGUGGAUGAAAACUGCGAGAGUUUCUCAGUCUGGGACACCCGAGGCUGUCUCCUCGAAUACGAAGAGUCUGUGAAGCAGUCUUCAGUCGGAAAUGGGCAGAAGAUCAAGGACAUUGAUUGGACAUGUACGGAUCAUAACCAAUCUGUUCUUGCUGUGGGCUUCAGCUCUUGCAGUAUUCUAUACACCCAGUUGAGAUAUGACUACACCAAUGAUACACCCUCAUAUAGAGCCAUCAAGCUGAUCGAUAUCUCGGAGCAAACGACCCACGAAAUUGGGGACUCUCUUUGGCUGAAGAAUGGUACGUUAGUGAUAGGUGCGGGUAAUCAAAUCUAUGUGAGUGAUCAGACAUUGGAUCCUGAGAAUGAUAUUCUGACCCAGCAGGCAUUGGGUACGAUUCAAAUCAUGACAAAGAAUCUUUUCCACCUGUGCAGAGUUUUAAAUGGCCCCUUACCUGCGUAUCACCCUCAGCUGAUCAUCCAAAUGCUAUUCCUUGGCAGAUUUAAGACUGUGGAGAAAAUCCUCUGUGUUUUAUGUGAUCGGCUUCGUGAGAUUUCCUUGGACCCCAACGGAGAUGUCCUUCGCGAUGUGGACCCAACUCUGGGUCUUCUAACCAGCGAUUUUGCUGCUCUGGAAGAUUCAGAGCCUUCCAAGGGGACUUCAUUCAGCUGUCUUUCAAAUGGAAACGGAUUGCUGCCAAUAGACCAAUCGCCGGAACUGCUGUCUCCUGCAAUGGCUGACACCUUACUCGAAAGGCUCCGGAAGAUGAAGCUUCCGUUUUUGACCAGCCAUCAGCAAAUCACGUUAGCGUCCACUAUUGAAAUAAUCAUGGAGAUUAUGCUGAAACACUCGCAAUCGCUCGAUGUCAACGGAAUGAGAUUCUUCCUGGGUAUGAAACUGUUCCAAGUCAACCAAUCCAAAUCCACCAUACAGGGUGCUAUCACCAUGAGAGAUAUCAACUUUGCUAUGCAUUCCGAUAAUAAAGAUAUACUGCUGAACAUUGUUGAGUCUCAAGGAAGCGAUCGAAUGACUUGGGCAAAAGCCAAGUCGUAUGGCCUGCCGUAUUGGUUACCAGUGCCCAAAUUAAUGGAAAUGGCGGAGUCAAUAGCCAGGAACGAGUUUCUGGAAUUCUCGAAUAAAAAUGACGGGAAAAGAGAUCCAGCCCAGUGCUCUAUCUUUUACCUUGCCUUGAAGAAAAAGCAUGUUCUUCAAGGCCUGUGGAGAACAUCUGUUGGCAACCCAGAACAGCAAAAAAUGAUGAAGUUUCUAGCGAACAAUUUUUCCGAUCCCAGAUGGAAAUCCGCUGCUCUGAAGAAUGCAUACGUUCUUUUGGGAAGACACAGAUUCAAAGAUGCCGCUUCAUUUUUCCUUCUUGCAGACUCUCUGAAAGAUUGCGUGAAUGUGGUUGUCAAGCAAAUGAAGGACAUUCCAUUGGCAAUUCUUGUGGCCAUUUGCUACGAGCAGUCGGAUAAGGGCUCAAUUCUCUCUGAUUUGCUCAAGGAUUACGUCCUGUCAGAAGCUAUGGUGAAGGGAGACAGGUGGACUGCUUCCUGGGUGUUUUGGAAACUUGGGAACCGUCCUCUUGCGAUCCAGGCAUUGGUGAAGCAUUCUCAUGAGCUUGUUGAAGAUCCCGGGAUAUUUGGUGAGAAUGUUGCGAGGACUGCUAAGAGGUUGAUUAGCGACGGCAACGGGACUGUUAACAGAAUCAUGGAGGAUCCUGUUUUGCUGGUAAUGUACGAUAAUCUCAGAUCCAGACACCUGGACUAUCUGAAGGGUGCUUUGGGCUUGACCUCUAAGGACGAAUUUGAAUUUGUUCUCAGAGUGUCCUACUACUAUACUCGCAUGGGAUGUGACUACAUCUCGGUAUAUCUUGUGAGAAACUGGAAGUUUAUGUUGGCUGAUCUAAAUGAUAUGGUCAAGAUUGAGGAGGAGAAGGUGAAGAAUGUUAUAGUGGGACCAUCUCCCGCCGCUUUUUCGUCAUCCCGCAAAAAGGACUUUUCCAAUAAAAUCCAGCCUCCACCUUCUGCAUUUGUGGAGCCGGAUAUGAGUGCAUUUGACUUUGGUAUGUGA